CCUGUGACAAUAUUUGUCAUCUUGCAGUGCAAUGGCGAGGACUCUACCUUCAGCUCUGUGUCUCCUGUUUGGACUUAUAUGCCUCCCAUAUACAGAAUGUUGGGAAGCACCCUGGUUUUGUCAUGGAUAUGAGUGUCCCAUGUACACCCUGGUAAAGGAAUAUCAGGGAUUUGAGGAGCGCAGCUACGACGUGAGCUAUUGGAUUGCCACUGAUAUUGCGAGUACCAGCCAGAGUGAUAUAAAGGAUGGAUUUUGGAAACUGUAUUAUUUUAAUCAAGGACAAAACAGUGAGAGUAAGGAGAUUGCUAUGACCAGGCCUGUGCUGGUGUCGGUGAAGGAAGCUGAUGGAAUGGGGGAGAGACAGGUGUCCAUUUCCGUCUUUCAAUCUGACUCAGACAUCCCUGAACCCAACGAUACGACCAUCAGAAAAACUGUUGUACCAGGCGGUACUGUCUAUGUCAGGUCGUUUAGUGGUUUGGCUUCUGAUCAAGACGCCUUAGAGAAUGUGCAGCAGCUCAAAGACGACCUCAGGGCUGCAGGAAAGGAAUUUAUUGAAAACAGGUUUGAUGCAGCUGGCUAUGACGCACCGUGGGAUUUGAUCAACAGGCACAAUGAAGUUUGGGUUCGUGCACCCUGAGGAUCCAGAUUC